UUGGUUUCUGGAGCUUGGUUGUCUUCUCUGCGUAGCUUGUGGAUUCCUUGUUUUUAGUGUUGAAGAUUGCAUAGAAAAUUUAGUAGAACCGUAGCAGCCAGUCCACUAAAAGGAGCUGAUUCCUUUAAUGCUGAGGGGGUUAUGGUUCAAGGAAGAGUGGAAAGAACAAGCUCGGUACUUGAUCUACAAUCCUUAUGCUUAUGCUUGGAAAGAACAUAAAAAAUUUAGUAGAACCGCAGCAGCCAGUCCACUAAAAGGAGCUGAACCCUUUAAUGCUGAGGGAGUUGUAGUUCAAGGAAGAGUGGAAAGAACAGGCUCCGUACUUGAUCCAUGGUACCAUGGCUGCUACAAUCCUUAUGCUUAUGCUUGUAAAGAAGAUAUUUUUGUGAACGGGAUGAGGGGAAGGAGCUACAGUUACAGUCCAUCACCACCAAGGGGUUACGGGAGAAGAGGUCGGAGCCCAAGCCCAAGAGGUCGUUAUGGAGGCCGUCGUAGAGAUCUUCCAACCAGUCUUCUAGUUAGAAAUCUUCGUCGUGACUGUAGGCCUGAGGAUCUUCGUAGGCCAUUUGGGCAAUUUGGUCCUCUUAAGGACAUUUAUUUGCCUCGUGAUUAUUACACUGGAGAGCCACGUGGAUUUGGAUUUGUCCAAUAUGUUGACCCAAAUGAUGCCGCUGAAGCAAAAUAUCAAAUGGAUGGGCAAAUCCUACUUGGGAGGGAAUUGACUGUUGUAUUUGCAGAGGAGAACAGAAAGAAACCAGCUGAUAUGAGGGCCAGAGAGAGACCAAGAGGCCGAGCAUAUGACUACCGUAGGUCACCUCGUUAUUCUCAUUCCCCUCGACAUUCUCGCUCUCCACGCAAUGCAAGGUCUGGGUCUCGCAGUCGUAGUCACUAUUCACCUUCUACCAAGCGAGGAUACUACUUGAGAUCUGUUUCACCUGGAGAUGGAAGGUUGGACCGUGAUAGGUCGUAUUCAGGCUCACCUGCAUACAGCAGGUCAAGGAGCAGGAGCCCGAUUGAUGGUUAUCCAAAUAAGCCAUCAUGCGGUGAAGGGUCUCAAUCUGUCAGCCCGUAAAAUGGACUGGAUUUGAGCGUACAUAUAUUGUAAUUUCUGACGAAAGCUGAUUUAUGUUGGAUGUUAGCACUAUUCUUGUUUGCCGGAUGUUAGGACUAUUUUUGUUGGACAUGUAGCGUUUUGGAUGUUAUCCUUGGUUUAGUGUGGCAAAGACGAGAUUGAAUUUUAGGGCUUUAAAUUAAGUGCUGGGAUGGGGCUUUAGUUCCAUCUGAAUUUCUGUGGAGGUUUGAUGUUGUGGUUCUGAUGCAUGCACUUAACUAUGAUGCUAGAGCCAUCAGAACUUUUACUUGAUUUUUCCAAAAUAUUUCUGCAUCAUCAA